UCUGCGCCGGGGGCCAUGGAGGUCCUGCCCGCGGGCGGACGCCCGGAGCCUGAGGCGGGGCCGGAGGACAUCGCGGAGGAAGCGGUCCCCGCAGGGCCGCCGGCUGCCCCCCUGCGGGAGCCCCCGGAUGCCUGGGAGGGCGAGGAGGACGCGGAGCCCGGCGAGCGGCGGGGCGGGCGCACCGGCCGCACGGCGUCCCUGGUGAGCGGGCUGCUCACCGAGCUGUACAGCUGCACCGAGGAGGAGGAGGCGGCGGCCGGCGGGGGCCGCGGGCCCGGGGGCCGCCCGCAGCGCCGCGACAGCCUCGACAGCCCCACCGAGGCCUCGGGCUCCGACGUGGUGCUGGGCGGGCGCGGCGACUCCCGGGAGCUGCAGGAGCUGCAGGAGCUGCGGGAGCGGCCGAGCCUGCGGCACCAGCGGCUGUACCUGCGGCAGAAAGACACUAAUGAACUGAAGACGAUUCUCCGAGAGCUUAAGCACAGAAUUGGCAUUCAGUCGGCAAAGCUGCUCCGGCAGCUGAAGCAGAAAGAUCGGCUUCUGCAUAAGGUCCAGAGGAACUGCGACAUCGUGACCGCCUGCUUGCAGGCCGUGUCACAGAAGAGAAGAGUUGACACCAAGUUGAAGUUCACUCUUGAGCCGUCUUUAGGUCAAAAUGGUUUUCAGCAGUGGUAUGAUGCUCUCAAGGCAGUUGCCAGACUAUCAACAGGAAUACCAAAAGAAUGGAGGAGAAAGGUUUGGUUGACCUUGGCAGAUCAUUAUUUGCACAGUAUAUCCAUUGAUUGGGACAAAACCUUGCGCUUCACUUUCAAUGAAAGGAGUAAUCCGGAUGAUGACUCCAUGGGAAUUCAAAUAGUCAAGGAUCUUCACCGCACAGGCUGCAGUUCUUACUGUGGCCAGGAGGCAGAGCAAGACAGGGUUGUGUUGAAGCGGGUCCUGUUGGCCUAUGCCCGAUGGAACAAGAAUGUUGGUUACUGCCAAGGCUUUAACAUCCUUGCUGCACUAAUUCUGGAAGUGGUGGAAGGCAAUGAAGGGGAUGCUCUGAAAAUUAUGAUUUACCUUAUUGAUAAGGUACUUCCUGAGAGCUAUUUUGUUAAUAACCUCCGGGCAUUGUCUGUGGAUAUGGCUGUCUUCAGAGACCUCUUGAGACUGAAGCUCCCUGAGUUAUCUGAGCACCUGGACACUCUUCAGAGAACUGCAAACAAGGAGAGCGGAGGUGGAUACGAGCCCCCGCUCACGAAUGUCUUCACGAUGCAGUGGUUCCUGACUCUCUUCGCCACCUGCCUCCCUAACCACACCGUUCUAAAGAUCUGGGAUUCCGUCUUUUUUGAAGGUUCAGAAAUCAUCCUAAGGGUGUCGCUGGCCAUCUGGGCGAAGUUGGGAGAGCAGAUAGAAAGCUGUGAAACGGCAGAUGAAUUCUACAGCACCAUGGGGCGCCUCACCCAGGAGAUGCUGGAGCAUGAUCUUCUAGAAAGCCAUGAACUCAUGCAGACGGUUUACUCCAUGGCGCCAUUCCCGUUCCCACAACUGGCAGAGCUGAGGGAAAAGUACACCUACAACAUCACACCGUUCCCAGCUGCAGUAAAACCCACCUCUGUGUCUGGACGACAUGGUAAGAUCAGAGACAGUGAUGAAGAGAAUGACCCAGAUGAUGAAGAUACUAUUGCUAAUGCUGUGGGGUGUCUUGGACCUUUCAGUGGGCUCCUGGCACCUGAACUGCAGAAGUACCAAAAACAAAUUAAAGAGCCCCACGAAGAGCAGAGUCUGAGGUCUAACAACAUUGCGGAGCUGAGUCCGGGAGCCAUCAAUUCCUGCCGCAGUGAGUACCACGCCGCUUUCAACAGCAUGAUGAUGGAGCGCAUGACCACGGACAUCAACGCGCUGAAGCGGCAGUAUUCUCGGAUUAAAAGGAAGCAGCAGCAGCAGGUUCAUCAGGUGUAUAUCAGAGCAGGCUCUACGGAAGACAAGGACCGGGAAGCUGAUGACAAAGGGCCGGUGACCAGCCUCCUCCCGUCUCAGGUGAACAACUCCCCAGUGAUCAAUCACCUCCUUUUGGGAAAGAAGAUGAAAAUGUCCAAUCGAGCCGCCAGGAACGCCGUCAUCCACAUGCCCGGCCACGCGGGGGGCAAAGCAUCCCCGGGGCCCUGCGAAGACCUCCGGACCAAGCUCAACUCCCCGUGGCGAACGCACAUCCGAGUCCACAAGAAGGCCCUGCCGAGGGCCCGGGGCCAGCCGGGCUGCGGGGACACCGUGGGGCUGAUCGAGGAGCUGAGCGAGGGCCGCCCUGGGGCCGCCGCCUCCGAGCCCAGCGCGUCCCCUGCGGGCGAAGGCGCAGGCGGCGGCGCGGAGGGCAGCGCCGGGCGCACCAUCGAGGGCCGGUCCCCGGAGCCCGCCUUCGGGGAGGCCGACGUGUCGGAGGUGCAGGUGAAGUUGGAAGCCUUGGAACUGAGCCAGAGGGAAGCCGCUGCCCACGCGGAGCCCACACGGCACCCGCCCUGCCAGCGGCGCCUCCCGGAGCUGCCCGAGGCGCCCGGGGAGGACAGGGCCGCCGGCAAACCCCCCCACGGCGGCCGCUCCAAAACCCCCAUCUUCAGCCCCUUCCCCAGCGUCAAGCCGCUGCGCAAGUCUGCGGCAGCCAGGAACCUGGGGCUGUACGGCCCCACGGAGCGGACCCCGGCUGUGCGCUUCCCGCACUUGAGCCACAGCCUCAGCACCGCCGCCGGGGGAGGCGGCACCAAGAAGCGGUGACUCCCCAAAACCCCGCGCCGAGGCCCCCCUUUUCAUCCCUUUUCAUGGUGGAGCAGGGGUUCCCCCUCCACGGCGCCGGAAGAACAGCAACUGCCCGGUGAAAACAGAUAGAUGGGCUCGGAGAUGGAAUGGGAAGAUUCACUAUGGGAGCGAGGUGAGGGGUGUCUGUCCAUCCACUGAUGACCGGUACAUGGAUUCUUGGUGGCGAAAUAAAUAACGGUGGUUUUAAAAUGCGAAGUCUUCCCACUUUUUGUCAGCUGUUUCGAAAAGACUGUGUACCUACACUUGUUAGUCCCUCUUCUUCCUGUCCAGGGGCCUUCAGGGUCCUUUGGGUGUUAAUACGCACGCAUGCACCACUAGCUUGCUAGAACAGAAACUGUAAAGAGAAGAAAGUAAAUUUCUUAGUAGCAAAAAACUUCCUGAUUUCCCUCUUCAUGCCCUAUGCGGGGAGGGCAUGUUUGUAUGUGCGAGUUUUCCUUCAGUUGUUGCUUUCAGCCAGUCUCAAGAUGUUUUUGAUUCUUAUGCUAAAGAGCAGGAGAAAACUCCAGAUAGCCUUUCCCUCCCUUUCUACUAGUAUCUCUAGCUGCAAAAUGAAGGAAACUUUCAUCUGCUGAAAUUUAGGUUGAUGGCUAACUUGAAGAUCUUAAUGCAGAGAACACAGAUGGGGUAGGCACUCGACCACUGCUCACAACAGCUUGCUAAGUCCCCUAAGCUUUCCCCAAGGCCCAUUUUCUACUCUUAGGAGCGUGGUGGGAUGACAUGAUGGGCUGUAUGGGCAGCUUGUCCCGUGUCCUCCGCUGUACAGCUCACUCCCCUGCCAGCUCUCGCGGCAGAUGCAGAGGCUGUUACUUGAAUUUUGUGCUGCUUUUGACUGGAAUGCUUGGAAUACUUUGUUCCUUGAACACUACCUUUCUCUGGAGAAGGGCCAGUGCUUUCCAGCUCUCUCUCACCCACUCCUCCCUGGUCCCAGCAGGUCAGAGAGGGACCUGCUGUUGCCACUAUGCAAUGGGAACUCGGCCACUGAGCGGUGAAGUAGCCCCUCAGAUCCGCCAGGUAAAUACUGCCCCUCUUCAGGGUGACAUGGCCACCGUUCCUCCAGUGCAGCAGCCGGGUUUCAUGCUCUUUCCAUGCAGAUGCACUGGAAAGGUUCUACACACCACCACUGGGAAGCCAUACACUGCACGCCCUCCUGACUCCAAGGGCCCUCCUCCAGGCAGGGACAGCCCUGCGGUGGUUUUACUAAACCAGCUCGACCCCUUUGACCUGAACAGUUAGUGCAUUUUAAAACAUGCCACGUGCAGCUCUCAUUUGGCUAAACCAAAGGUUCACUCCUCGGUCCCCUUCUCCCAGCAUCAGGAGCACAGACUCAGCCUCUUUCCUUGUCUUGGAAGACCUUGGCUGUGCUGCAGGCAUAGUGCUGGGGCAGCCAUUCUUAUCUGAGCUAGUUGGGUCGCUAACUCUGAAACCAAAGCUGUAGUUUUAGACAAGGCUUUUCCUAGGAGAGGUACAUGUUUUUAUAAUAAAAUAGGAAAUGUGGUGGUGUGGGCUUUUUUGAACAGGAAACACAAGAAUGACAUAUAUAGCGAGAAAAAGCCACUUUAUCCCUUUUCUGGUAUUUUGACCCUCCAAUGAAUGGAAGAUGGAAAACAUGACUGAUAAGAUACUGCAGUUUUGCUUGAAAUCUGUGCCGCCUGAAGUUAGCAGGUAGCUUCUUAAAAAGCCGCCACGCCUACAGCCUGUGUCUUGUGGCGGGGGUGUGAGGGGGUGAGGGGGGAAGGUGGAGGGUUGGGCUGACUUUGCAACCCACCCGGAAAUGGAGACCCACUGCGUUUCCCAAAGUGAAGCAAAUGACACGAUUUCCUUCCACCUGUUCAACUGUACAGAAAAGAAUGAUUCCACCUCAGAUUCUUCCCUCCUCUCCCCCCACCCCCCUGCCCCAAUGAGUCAGAGCUGCCUUGUUCCCCUUGAGGGAUGUCUGACAGCACAGAAUUGUUCUUUCCUCUGACAGGCAGCUCCCAGCAACCUGCGGUGGGGGCCCAGGAAGGCAGUGGUGGUGUGGAGGCCCCUGGCUGCACCCCAGCUGUCUCUGUUCCCAGCACACGCCCGUUGCCCAGGGCUGGUCUAAGAAAGGGAUGGAUGGGAGAGCACAUUGUGUGGGAUGAGCAUUUGUUGGAUGAAUGAAUAACUGAAAGCAUAAUAGUCUUUUGAAGAAAAAAAAAAUGACCUUGUCAGGAUGUAAAAAACUAACAGAUUUCCUGUGGAAGCAUUCUCUGUUCCGAUACUGUGCAUGCACUGUACCAUGUACUCACUUUCCGUUAUGAAUUGGUGAGCUUCUAAGCCUUCCUACUUUGGAAUUUAAAGAAUCUGCAGUAGCCUCGACCACACAGCAUGGACAAAGACCUCUAUGGACUCGUUCUUGUAUUGGACACCAUGCAAACCCGAAAGCACUCACGGGGCAGUGCUCCUUCAUCCUCAGAGAUGCCUGCGCCUGCCGGCCCGGGCACGAGCUCCUCCUGGCCCUCCACACCUAUCCUCCCAGACCACCCACACACCCUGAGUUUGUAAUGUCGACCUAUGGGUGGUCACUGAUUGGGAUAUUCUAUUCCAUUUUUGUCUCUCGCUGUUCUAAAGACUGUGUCGAUUACAAAGAUAUGUGCAUAAAGACGUUCAUUGUUGUA